GCAAGUGUAGAGACCGAGAGAGAGAGAGAUUGAGAUGAAGGAUGGAGGAUGCAGAGUGUGUGGCGGCACGGCUAGAGAGGGAGGGUUCAUGAGAGGGCUGUUCAGUCUGGCGUGAUUCUCUGGAUAAGGACAACGGAACUGAACUGAAGUGGAAAUCUCACACACACACACAGCUGCUGUCUCCAAUCCGACGAAGACUCAGUCACAGUGAUGAGCAAUCCUGGGGUGAAUCAGCCACAUUAAUGUGAACGCAGACACAGAUGCAGAAACAGAUGGAUGUGGAAACAGGUCUGGGUGCUUCAUGGAAGCAGAUAAAGCUGGCAACCCCAGCUGCUUUCCCUCCAAACAAUCUGAGGAAGAGGAGCCUUGUGUUGGGGUGAAGAUCGCUCAGAACAAAGCCGUUGGUAGCCACAGUCCUGAUGAGCAAGGUCGUCACAAUGAGAAGUUGAGUCGUGGAUGCAGAUUCAGCAAUAAGAGCCUUACUGGAGUAAAUGGAAGAGUUUCAGGUCGACGGCCACCACUGCAUCCCAAACCACAAGUGCCUCCUAAGCCAGCACACCUUCAGAGUCCGGUGACGGAAGUCUCCUUUCCUCUGGCUGCUGGAACGUCACCCAUCAGUCCCAACAUGGAUGGAGGAGGAGUAGGAGGAGCAAUAGGGAAGGGCCUAGUGUCCAACCUCAUCAGUCGCUUUGAGGAGAACCGUCACACAGACAGUCGGAGGGAGGGCACUCCUCUGAAGCAGGUCAGCAUAUCUCCUAACUGCAGCCCGGCUCACAAAAACUACCAGAGACAGACGGAGCAGCCCACAGACUCCGGCUCUCCUGCGAACAGCCCACGCCAUGCUCUCAAACCCCACAAUGGGGUUCUAGCCCAAAAGAAAAGAGAACAGGGCAGGAAUCGGGAUAUGGACGGAAUUACGCACGACAUGGUUCCGGUCGUGAGGACAGACAGGCAGGGACUGCUGAACGGAGAUGCCGGCGAUGUGGCUAAGAGGGAAAUUAUGGACGAAGACUGUGUAGAUCCACCUCACGCUCACAUAGAACGGGCCAAAGAGGAGGAGAGGAAAGCGCCGGAGCAGCGUGACGUUGUGAUGAACAGCAUCCCAGAGCAGAAGGAAACUAAUGAGCAGAAGCUCUACAAGAUAGCAAACGAACUUCUGCAGACAGAGAAGGCUUAUGUUACACGACUCAACUUAUUAGAUAAGGUGUUUUAUGCCAAGCUGUUAGAAGAAGCAAGAAAAGACGCGUUCCCCAUGGAUGUGGUGAAAAACAUAUUUUCCAACAUCUCUUCCAUUAAUACCUUCCACAGCCAGUUCCUUCUGCCUGACCUGGAACAACGCAUGGGAGAAUGGACGUCGACACCUCGCAUUGGGGACAUCCUACAGAAACUCACUCCCUUUCUGAAGAUGUACGCUGAAUAUGUGAGGAACUUUGAUCAUGCCAUGGAUCUGCUGAAGCAAUGGACGGACCGAUCGCCUCCAUUUAAAGCCAUCAUUCUGGAAAUCCAGAGUCAAGAAGUGUGUGGAAGUCUGACACUGCAGCACCACAUGUUGGAGCCCGUUCAGAGAGUGCCACGAUACGAGAUGCUGCUCAAAGACUAUCUGAAGAAACUUCCUCAGGAUCACAUAGACCGGCGGGAUGCUGAAAAGUCUUUAGAGAUCAUUGCCAUGGCUGCCACUCAUUCCAACACUGCCAUUAGGAAAACAGAAAACCUUAAGAAAUUGCUGGAGAUUUAUGAGAUGCUGGGGGAGGAAGAGAACAUUGUGAACCCUUCGAAUGAGUUAAUAAAAGAGGGUCAUAUUCUGAAGCUGGCAGCAAGAAACACUUCAGCCAUGGACAGAUAUCUCUUCCUAUUCAACAACAUGCUGCUGUACUGCGUUCCAAAGUUCAGCUUGGUGGGACAGAAGUUUACGGUUCGCACACGUAUCGGCAUUGAUGGCAUGACGGUGACGGAGACGUACAAUGAUGAUUAUCCUCACACCUUUCAGGUUUCUGGAAAGGAACGGACACUGGAGCUGCAGGCCAGCUCUGAACAGGAUAAAGAAAGCUGGAUAAAGGCGUUCCAGGAAACGAUACACAUCUAUCUCCAGAAAAAUGAGACCUUUAAGUCAGCAUUCAAAGAUGUAGAAGUAACGGAUCUCAAGAUAUCAGAACUGGGUAAAAGAGCUCCUCGCUGGAUUCGAGACAAUGAGGUGACCAUGUGCAUGAGGUGCAAAGAGGCCUUUAAUGCCUUAAUGCGCAGGAGACAUCACUGUCGGGCCUGUGGAUACGUGGUCUGCGGGAAGUGCUCAGACUACAAAGCCCCACUGGAAUAUGAUGGGAAUAGGAUGAACAAGGUGUGCAAAGACUGUAACUCCAUUCUGACAGGCCAUAUAGACAGUGAGGAGAGGGAGGGCAAGAAGAAGGGCAUUCUAGAGAUUGAAGCUGCUCAGUUCUCGGGCAACAGUAUCAUGUGUGGCUUCCUGCAGUACUGCGAGAAGAACAAGCCCUGGCAGAAAGUCUGGUGUGUCAUUCCUCAAAAAGAAGCUCUAGUUCUCUACUUGUACGGCGCACCUCAGGAUGUCAAGGCCCAGUCCACGAUUCCUCUGCUCGGCUACCAGGUGGAGGACAGCCUGAGACCCACCGACCCUCCCGCGAGCUUCCGACUAUCUCAGUCUAAAUCAGUCCACAGCUUUGCAGCAGAGAGCGAGGAACUGAAACAGCGCUGGCUCAAAGUGAUCCGUAUGGCGGUGACGGGAGAGGAACCAGAAUCGCCUGAAGACAACCAUUCUACGGAAAUCACCCAAGAGCCGAGCUCUAAUGGCGUCUGAGCAAACAGAGCAAACUCUCGUUGAAGAUUUUAGUACUGACGCGGCAGUGCUGUCGGCAGGAAAAGUGUUGACGCUCCCGUUUGCUGAGCCAUCACUGCUGGUCCAGUUGUCCUAAAGUUCCAUUUGGAUUUGAACACAUCCAGAAUAUGGGGCUUUAAAGCACAUGGAUAUCAGCUUGACCCUUACCUGACAGAUUUGAAGUUCACAAAGGAUGCAAACAAACGGGGCACAUGUGAAGUGUACAUGGAGGAACUAAGACAUGCUAUUCAUCACCACACCAUACUGACGCAGCACUGUUUUAAGCCUAAUGUAAAAAAUGUACAAUUCAGAACAUUUACAUGUUGUAUGUAUAGCAUAUUGAGGCAGAAAUCCAGACGUGUUGACACCGUUGUAAAAAAUAUAUAUAUAUGAGUUGUAUAUGCAGGACUUGAGCGCUUUUCAAAAGACAAGAUUGCAAUUUACUGCAAAUAUAUACAGUAUAUUGCAUUCAGAUGCAAAAUGCUCUGCAUGCUUCAUUAUGGCCAGCAGACAUGUUGUGUGUUGUCAUCGUUGUUGAUCUUAGGUUGGGUUGCAGCGGUAUCAUGGUAUUGAAAUUGACAAUUUGCUUAUCUAAUGUGAGGCUGAAUAAACUUCACGUUUACUUGUAGCCCAAUUACCUACUUUUGAUAAGAAGCAACGUCUCAGCUUUCAAAUUAUGUCAAUUUUAUCACGAAAUCCAGAUAAUAAAUGGCGUUUUGGCACUCUUUAAUGUGUGACAGAUUGUAUCUGCGUGCAGACACAGCGGUAGCGUGGAGCAGGCGGGAACCAAUCAUCUUACCUUUACUAACACAUUACCACGAAAUAAACGUAAAUGAAUGAACAUCAGAAGGUAUGUUGAAAGAUUUAGAACAACUUGUUGAAAUGUUAGCUCUCAUUUAAUGCCCAAUCAGUGUUUUAACCACGAAAAGAAGUCAGUGAAACUGCUUGUGAAUAACACGUGACAUAUUUACCUCAGGAAAGUUUGAGAGUUGGCGAGAAAGACUUUAACCUGUUAAUAAUGAUUUAUAUAUGUUUGAAGUUUGUAUGGAAACUACCUUAUGUGCAAAAUCUGUUUUGUUUACUAAAUUCAGUAGUUUGGUUAACUAUUUAAUAUUAGUAAUGUUUCAAUUGAGAGGGUUUUCACGUUUAGUUUACAGCAUUAGUUUUUACCUUAAAGAAAAGCUGACGUGCAGCUAAAAUAAAUUUGAUUUAAAUACAAAAUCAAAUAUGGAAUACAGUAUACCGCAAAGCCGUGACACUGUUAUCAUACCGUUGCAACCCUCCUAGGACAAUAUUAACCAACCUAAAACAAGGAUGCAGAUAUAACAUGUAAUCAAGUGAGCUUCAACGCCACCCUCUGGUUUGCAGUGCCUCAGAUAUUAAUCUUUUAAAAGAUUCAAAAGUCUGCUGUACCUCGGAUUCGUUCCCAAAACGAAACAACAGCAGUCUAGAUAAUGUGAAUAAUGUUCACUCACCAUAAGCUGUUUCACUUUUUCUCAUUUAAAAGGACCUUCGAAUCAAACAUGAACUAAAUUGUGGCUUUGGUGUCAAUAGCUCAGCAGACUUAUUCCUUAGCAUUAUCAGAGAUGGACAGUGUGUGAUUUAUCAGCUCGCUAAUCAUGGUAAUAGAUUCAGUAUUUAGUGAAUCAGUUUAGUGGUUGUAAAUCAAAUCUGUGUUAUAGUUUCUGUAAUGGAUCUUUUAUUCGUAGACAGUCAGUUGACCGAUGGGGAUGGGUGUGAGGAGGUGGUUUUGUACUGUGGGCAGCACGAUCACACUCAGUAGGCCCGCUGGAGCAGGGACACAUGUAUAUGUUCUUUAAAUACUGUAAUUAUAAUUUUAUUAUUUAAAAAUAAUUUAUAGUGGAAAUGCAUGAUUUUACAUAGCACAAAAAGGCUCUCAGUCUAGAUCGGAACAUUUAUUCAUCCUUUGUAUUUAAGAAAUAAGCAUGUAUUUCGUUCACACUUACAUCGGCAUAUUCUUAGCAUUACUGGAAAUUAAUUUGGCUUCACUUUCAUCACAUCAACGUUGUGAGUUACAGGCCUUCUUUCACACUCACUAAUCUUAAGCUGAAUUUUUAUUUGAAAAGAAACCACUAUUUGGUUUGCUGUUUCUGAGAAACUGUCAUGUGUUAACAAUGAACAAUUCAAAAGCUACUUGACCUUGAAACAUAUCAAGGCUGUGAAUUGUAGUCAUAUUUUUGUCUGUCAAUCAGUUGUUGAUUUCACAGUCCAUAUUUUCUGAAUGGGACGUGCCUAUGACAUUGUAGUUACGCACACAUUUUUACAGGCAAACUAUGGAAGCAACUGGGUUGGUAUAUUAAAUGUGAGUUUCUGUAUUAAAACAUGGAUGUGUGCUCAUUGUUGCCAUUUGAAACAAUCCUUACCAUGCGAUCUGAAUGUAGUCUGCUGGUUCUCACUCCCAGAAUCCCUUCCACAGUAAAGCUACAUCAGCUCUCAAAACCGAGACAUACAAAUGAAACUGAAGAUUACGCACUUUACUGUUUUCUAUAAAGCGUACCUUGUAAAAUAAAACAAGAUUAUUCUGCAAUGGUUUUGU